UAUGGUGCUUGCAGAGAGGUGAAUCAGCAUUAUCAUUUCACUUCCCUUCCACGCCGGUGAUCUUGUAAGAGCUUGGAAAGGCUUAGAAUUUGCAGAGGUAAAAUGGCGCCCUUUCUUCUCGCUUUGAUCAUAUUUGGAGUCUCAGCUAGGACUAAUGCUUUGCCAUACCCCGGCGACAUACCGGGCGACGACGAAGACGGGUACAAUGUCGGCAUCCCCUUCUCCGAAGUCUGUCAUCGGGCCUUCACCGACAACGAGCCGAAAUAUGACAUCGGGUUUGUCAACUACAUGGUCGAUUCCAUCUGCCCGUUCGUCUCCGAUAAUGGCGAGAAAGGCUCGGGGAAGGGGUCCGUUUACUGGUCGGGCUACGGGCUGCAGAUCUUAACCAUCGAAAAUAUAGUCGAAGCGCUCUCCCCAGAUCCCGGUGACCGGCAGAUCCUCAGAGGGUUGGCCGAGAGUGCCUGCAAGUCCGAGGUCCAGGGGCACAUGGGCAUCGAUUCCUUCUGCCGCUUCCGUCGGGACGGCAUCAAAGUCAGCGGCAUGGAGGAUGGUGGCGGUGCUGGUAGCGGUGCUGGUAGCGGUGAUAGAAGUGGUGCUGGUAGCGGUGCUGGUAGCGGUGAUAGUAGUGGUGCUGGCAGUGGUGAUGGAAGUGAUGAUAGUAGCGUCGAUGAUGGAUAUGGCUUUUCUUUUUAUUGGAGCAGUAUUGUUGACGAACGUGAUUGGUAAAUGAAGAAGGAAAAAAAGAAUCGUUUGUCACAUUAAUUUUGACUUGCGAGUAUUAGUUAAAUAGUUAAAAUCUAUCAUGUUUAUAUAGUGCUACACAAAAAGUGUUUUGGUCUUGAAUUGCUUGAUGUAAGGGGUUUCAUGUGAUUUCUAAAUACGUACGCACUCGCAUAGAAUAGUGCGCGCACGGAACCCAAGUCCGACUUGGUUUCUGUGUGAGCCCUCUACGCGGGGUUUUAUGUUACUCUUAUUUUCUCCAAACUCCUUAAAGUGGAAAUUCAAAAAAAAUCACAAAUAUGUCAACUAAUGUAUCACUAGAAA